UUGAGAGACCGCUGUGUUCUACCGUUCCCAAGCUCUACCCGGUCGAUGUUUUCCCGCAGAGAACCAUGACGACUUUUGUUUACCCACUGGUCCAGGUUUGGUCAUCUAAAUUCAAUUAUAUAAAUUCAGCAUGUUUUUUUCAAAGAAGAACUCUGAAACAUGACUACACCUGGGCACAAUGGCCCAGGUUUGGUCAGCAUCUUCUUAUUUCAUGUCUUCGCCAACAUCGAUGCCGGUGAUGUUCGCGCCUUGGCCCUGGCUCUGACGGUGCCGCUCUACAUGGUUCUCAGCGUGCAAGCUGCACUGCAGAAUGCCAUCGUCGAGCUGGUGACCGAAAAGGAAUCGAAAAUGAAGAUUGUGCAAGAGAUCUAUGGCUUGACACCGGUGAUGUACUUCAUCUCCUGGGCAGGCUACUUUUGCAUCGUCGCUUUGGUCUGUGUGACGGUGAUCUAUUUCCUUUUGGGCAUCAUCGAGCCAGUGAUGUCUAAGUCCAAUCCAGUCUUCGUGAUUGUCCUGCUGCUAGCGGCCUACAUUCAACAACUGGAGUUUGCCGUGAUCGUAUCAGUGUUGCUCAACCGGGUUCAGACAGCCUCAGCCUUUUCUGGCUUUAUCAACCUUGUGUUCCUUCUUAUCGCUGAGGCGAUGCAAGGAUGGCUUCGAGGCCUACCAAAACUGUUGUGGUAUGUGGCUAGCCUCUUGCCCACAGUGAACCUGUUUAAUGGAUUUGCCGUGCUUUUGUACAGCGAGGCCCUGUACUAUUGCGAUGCCUCUGGAUGUUACCAAGGCAUCUCAAGCAAGACGGCCUUUGUGAGUGAAUUUUGCAUUGCCCCCUACGAUGAAGAGCACCCAUGUGUGAAGGAAUUCCCCGUCUUCUCAGCUGGAGAAUCUUUUAUCAUGAUUCUCUUCAAUAUCAUCCUGUAUGGCUUUAUCGCUUGGUGGUUUGAGCAGGUGUGGCAGGGCGACUUCGGGCAAGCCAAACCCUGUCUCUUCUGCAUUGACCCAGCCUACAUGUGUCCCAGAAGGUCCAGAGCUAGGGAGCUGAACCUCAGCUUGGUCCAGGAAGAUGCUCGAAGUUCGGCCAUGAGUCUCCGAAACCUUCGCAAGGUCUUCAAGGGCGGCAAGGCGGUUCUUCGGGAGACGAAGGUGGCCGUGGACGGUAUCGACCUGGAGAUCCAGCAUGGAGAGAUUUUCGCACUGUUGGGCCACAAUGGAGCUGGCAAGACCACGUGCAUCAACUGCGUGGUGGGUUUGAUCCCCAUCACCAGUGGGGACGCCACGGUCAAUGGCCACGACGUGCACACCGAGCUGGAGGCCGUGCGACGGAACAUCAGCGUGUGUCCACAGGACAAUCCGCUCUAUGAUGUCUUCACCGUUCGUCAGCAUUUGAUGUUCUUUGCCAGCUUGCGUGGCGUGGGUGAGCAAAUGCAAGGCCCCAAAGUCAUUGAAGUCCUGACAGCUUUGGGUAUCCCGGAGAAGGUGGACGAUCUUUGCACCACCUUAUCCGGGGGUCAAAAGCGGCGACUUUGGGUGGCCACCGCUCUCUUGGGCGAGACGCCGCUGGUCUUCUUGGACGAGCCAACCAGUGGCAUGGACCCCUCCAGUCGACGACAGUUGUGGGAACUGCUGCUGAGGAUGAGGACCUCAGGCCGCUCCAUCAUUUUCACGACCCACUACCUGGAAGAAGCCGACGUCUUGGCGGAUCGCAAAGCGGUCUUGGCACGGGGUCGGGUGCAGGCGUGUGGCACGUCAAGAGACUUGAAGCUUCAAUUUGGCCUUGGCUACUUACUCCAGGUGCAGUUCAGGGAUGGUGCUGACGCCCAGAACUUCCAGGACGCCUCCAACGUGAUCCUGACGCACAUUCCCAGUGCCACCUUACGAACAGCAGAGGACUCCUCCGUCUCCUCUGGGUCGGCCACAACAGCUGCUUGGCACCCGGCCAGAUUGCGGUGGGAGUUGGUCAGACCGCGACUUCUCGAAGCUCCCGUGACGAUUUCCCGUGCCAUCUCCGUUCGGCUCAUCUCCACCGUUCCACUUGUAGAUGCCUUUGUUGUGGCAGUGCCCAAGUUCGGGCCCAUGCUGAUGGAGCUCGACCGCAGCAAGCAGGUUCGGUCUGCGGGUGUGGCUGCGCCGAGAGGAGCCAUGGACAAGACCAAGAAUGCCAUGAGCUGGAACCUGAGAUUCCGGAAGAGAGGUCCUGAGGAACAGCUGGAGGAUCUCCAACGACGUUUCACUUUGUUGGAGGGCGAGCGCAAGGCGACCUAUGAGACGGCAAAGCUGAACAUUCAGCAGAACAAGGAGAGCAUGGGCUCAGAGAUCAUCACACAGAUGAAGGAGGAGAACAAGAGCUUGAGGAAUCAAAUCGCUGUCCUGAGAGAUGAGAAGCCCUUGUCCUUGGAGAAGACCCUGGAGGAAACGAUGACUGUGGCCCCUUGGCACAGCCUUGGGGCGGCCCUGGAAUGUGGGCAGAUGGGAAAGCCUUAUCAAGCUACGGUCGCGGUGGCCGACGGUUUUGGCGACCGGGUCAUUCCGAUGGACGACGACGACUUCCCCGAUGACGACUUGUCAGAGACGCCCGAGUUCCCAUUGCCAGAGGGCGUCUCCAAGGAGAUUUUGACCGAGGCCAAGACGUCCGAAUGGAAAAAACCCAAGAUGGGAGACGAGGUCACCGUCCAGUACGUUGGACGCUUGGAGUUGGCCGGCGAAGUUCACGACUUGGACUCCAGCGACGGGACAGGAGGCUUCACGUAUACCUUGGGCCAGGGGGACCUGUGCAAAGGCUUGGAACAUGGACUUCCGACCAUGCGGAAGGGUGAGCGUGCGAAGUUCACGAUGACCGCUGCCUUUGGCCCCAAAGACUUGGCCGAAAAACAUGCAGACAAGGCAGACACUGCGGACCAGUUGCGGGUGAUUUAUGAGGUGGAGCUCAUCUCAUGGAAAGCUCGGACCGAUUUGUUUGCGGACGGAUCUGUCAUCAAGACCUGCGUGGAAGAAGGAUCUGGUUGGAAAAUGCCUCGGUUGAAAGAAGAGGUGUGCAUGUCCAUCCAGAUUGCCAGCUCGGAUGGAAGUCUGAAAGAACUCACCGACGUCGAGUACACGCUCGGAACCGAGCGAUCCAGAUCGCUGUUCGGAUCAGCGACUGCAGUGCUCGACGCGUGCUUGGUCGGAAUGAAGAAGCGUGAGGUGGCCCUGCUACACUGUAAAGAGCUGGAUUAUGGGGAAGGUGCCAGGGCAGAUGUCGAAGUGACCUUGACUUUGCACGAACUCUACGAGACGAAAGAUGUCUCCUUCGAGAAGAACCAAAGCUUGAUGAAGAAGCAAAUUGUGGAAGGACAGGGCUAUGAAACUCCUAAGGAUGGAAGCACAGUGCAUCUUGCUGUGGAAGCAGCCCUGAAUGAGAAGAAUGAGCCUUUUCCUGGUUACCAGAAAAAGACGCUGGAGUUUGUGUGUGGGGAUGGGCAAGUAGCUGAUGCUCUUGAAUUUGCCAUCAUGGAGAUGAAGAAGGGAGAGAAGGCGAUCUUGCACGUGAAAGAGCCGGAGGAGAUCGCCCGGCAGCUGGAACUAGAGGUGAACAGUGAGAUGUACCUCACUUUAGUCCUAGAGGACUUCGAGGCAUUACCUGCCUUGGGUUUGGAUGAGCAUGCUCCGAAGCUGGAACGUGCACAAGCUCGGAAAGAGCUGGGCACCAAGCACUUCAAGUCCAAUCGCUGGGCCCUGGCUGUUUUGCGUUACAAGAGUGUCACUGAUCUCCUUAGUUAUGUGGAUCACUUCCCUGAAGAACCUCAAGGGAAGGCAAAAGAGCUGAAGUUAAUCUGUGAGCUGAAUAAAGCUGCAUGUUACUUGAAGUUGCACCUUUUCCCGGAAGCAAAGACUGCAUGCAAAAAUGUGCUGCAAGAACAGCCUGGGAAUGUGAAGGCUCUCUUCCGUCGAGCGCAGGCGGAGAUGGGACUCAAAAAUUUCAGCGAGUGCAUCGCUGAUUGCAAGAAGGUCCUUCAGCUGGACCAGCAAAACCGGGAUGCAAAGAUCCUGUUAAGACAGGCCAUUGCUGACCAAAAGGAAGCAGAUAAGAAGUCCAAAGCGGUUUUUGCGAGCAUGUGCAAAGCCUUUGGGAAGGAUUCGACCAAUGAUGUGGUCCCUGAGCAGCCAAGACCGCAGGAGAAGCAGAUGAUUCAAGAGAGAAGUGCCGCAAAGCAGGGCAUCCUCUCGACAGUGAUUCAAGGCGUCUCUCGUGCCAUGUUCUUUUUCCCGAACUUGGUCUUCUCGAACUUCAGCUAUUUCUUCGGAUAUGUCUGGCAGAGAUUGAGCGGGAAAUCCACGAAUGGGCCCAAGACCUGAGAGGUUGGUUGGCAAGUAUGAGUGACCGUUG